UCAUUUUCUAUUUAUUUCAGGUUCUUCAUAACAUUGCUAUUGCAGAAUACUUUCACUGGAAUAUGCUACGAAACCUUGCUGGCAUCUAUUAUGAACAAAGUCAACUUGACAUGGCAAUUCUGCAUUACAAGCAAGCUAUCAACUGUGAUUCUACCUUUAUUGAAGCUUACAAUAAUCUAGGGAAUGCUCUCAAAGACGCUGGACAUGUGGAAGAGGCUAUCAACUUCUAUAGGUCAUGCCUUGCUUUACAACCUAACCAUCCACAAGAAUUGUCAAGCCUUGGCAACAUAUACAUGGACUGCAACAUGAUGAGUAUUGCUGCAUCAUUCUAUAAGGCAACUUUAGCAGUUACAACAGGGAUAUCUGCGCCCUUCAACAACUUGGCUAUUAUAUACAAGCAACAGGGAAAUUAUGCAGAAGUGAUAGCCUGUUACAAUGAAGUUCUUCGCAGACUGCUGCUGAUGGUCUUGUCAAUAGAGGGAACACAUUGAAGGAGAUUGGUAGAGUUACUGAAGCAAUUCAGGAUUAUAUACGUGCUGUGAAUAUCAGACCAACUAUGCCUAAAGCCCAUGCAAAUUUGGCUUCAGCUUACAAAGAUAGGUAAUUUCUUCUUUGAAUUUGUGCUGGUGUUGGACUAUAUCAGUAUCUUACAUCAUUGAUUCUUCUUUCUAUUUAUUUGUGGUUGAGAUAAUUGAUGAACGUUUCUCUUUUUAAGCAUUCCAAUUACUCAUCUUGUUACCU